AUGCUGCAAGACGAAGCAGACAGGCGGUGGAAGGGAGUCAAGAGGGCAAUGACCCAUCGGGUUAGAUCACCCUACAUCUCUUGGGAGCGAUUUAAGGAGCUCUUUAAUGAGAAGUACUUUCCCUUGAAUUUGAGAAUGAAAAAGGAAGGGGAAUUCAUGGAGCUAAAACUGACCGGAGACAUGACUGUUGCUCAAUAUGAAGAUGCUUUUAACUGCUUGAUUCGGUAUAUGCCAAUUUAUGAAGGAGAUGAGAGAAUCAAGGCUCAAAAGUUUUUGGGAGGGCUGAAUCUGAAACUCCAGAGAGCGUUGAGUAGUAUAAAUACUCAGUCCUAUUCAGAAGUGGUGCUGCAAGCUUUUACCACUGAGGCCAACCUAAGCCGAAUCGAAGCUAUUCAAGAGGAAAGUCGGCAAGGAAGCAGUCAUAAAGCGAGUAAGAAGCUGGAACUUCAGAAGCCACAAUUCAAGCCUGGCAUUCCGUGCACUAAAUGCCAGAAGCAACACCCUGGAAGGCCAUGCCGGCUUGGAACGAAGGGUUGUUACAACUGUGGAGAAAUGGGACACCUCAAUCAGAACUGCCCAAAGAAGGGAAUCACUUGUUAUAACUACCAGCAGAUCGGUCAUUUUGCAAAGGACUGUCCCAAGCCGCGGCUGGCAAGUUAA